CAUGGCGUCAAUAACAUCCGAAUAUGGGGUUUCCGAGGAUAAUUCCUCUGAUUUUCACGAUACAUGGGACGACGCGUACUUAGAUAGGUACUCAGAAAACAGCGAUAACAUGUUUGCUUUUAGUAAACCAUCCAAUUUAGCAAAUAAUGUAAUUAACAGACAGACUUACGGACGAUUUACCAAACAUCCUCGAGCAAAGACUGAAAAAGCGUUUCAUAAUAUCCAUACGAAGUGUAGAUACUCGUUAAGCUCUCUUAUUAAAGACCCCGAGGCGCUGGGACACAUAUUUAUGGGCUUUACAACAUGUGGUCAGUAUUUUCUGAGUUACACUGAAAGAGUGUAUGACGACCCAAGACCUCAAACUGUCAACAGGACCUACAUGUUUAAUGAGAUGUAUGAAUAUGAGCUUUACAUUUGGAGGUUUCUUCCUGGAUCUCAUUUGCAGUUCACUUCAAAGCACAAGAUUUUUAAGCACCUCAAUGGCGCCAUCGCCCUUGAUAAAGUCAUGUUUAUGCAGUUCCCUGGCAAUUUGCACAAAAUAGUUUGCUAUGGUUUAGAAGAUAUACAUAAUCCCGUGGUUCACAUAAGCAUCUUAACUCUGCCAUCACCGAAAAGCUGCGUUCACUGCCAUGGGAAACCCGUCGAAGAUCUUGUUCAUCGGGGAUGGUGCGCGAGGCACGGUUUCGUGGUCCAUUUCAUGUUCUCCAUGACACCGCCUGCCCCCGCGUUCGAUCCCCACGUCUCUAUGAGCUUCCCCGACCAUUUGGUCAUCAACACCGUCCACCACAUCUACAUCGUAAACGUAGAUACGUCCGAACCGGUCCAGGCGACCGCCAACCCGCUGUUGGACGCGCCCGCCAAAUGCAACCCCGCGGCAUUCGCCAGCAGCGACACAUUUAGCGAAUUGUCCGAAUCUCCGAGCGAUCAUUUCGGCUACAACAGCGUGGUGGACUCGAUCCUGGAGGACUUCAACGAGUACGAUCUCGAGUCGAACGAAGGUAACAAACCGUUCCACGAGCUCAAUAUUAGUUGCGAACCGUUAAACGUCACCGGCAAAAGUUACCACAACGCCCUCGUCCAAAACAUUUUCGAUCCGAGGAUCAAACGGCUCCAGAAUCCGAUCAAGGUCGGCCUGACGUCCGAGAAGAGCAAGAUCGAUAAAAAAAUCGCCGAGAAGGCGUACGAGUUCAUCGAGGAGAACGAGAAGUACGAGAAGAUCAGUCUGUUCCGGAAAAAGCGGCUGGCCGACAAAAAGUACGAGUUCUCCGAGGACAACACGGAGAACAUCGUGCCGUUUCACAUAUUGAGACGGGAGCGUCGCUACUUGUACCGGUCCCAGGGGCGUUGCGUCCGCUCGCCGGAUACCAGCGCCCUCUUUUUGAGUCCGCGUUCGUCCGGGUGGCGCUCGCCGAUGCAGAGUCCGAACUCGCGCAACGGCCAGUUCUCACCCGGCGGCGCGCGCAGCAUUUACCCCCACCAUUCCAAGUCGCCGGUCAGUCCGAAGGAGGCGGCCCGCAAAUUCAACGUCUACUCUCCGAGUUUGGACAGCGACUGCUCCGAUUCGGACAGUAGACUUAUUUUACGGGCUCCGGUUAACUGUUCCGCCGAUUGUCGGUUUAACCAUGGACUGCUUAUAGUGGACCCGAAGGUCGAGAGCCCCAAGUGGAUCAGGAAAGUCGUGCGUCGCUUCUCCAACGGCGAUUUUGAGAAUAGUUCGCUGCUGUCCGGUCAAAGUCGAGAUGACUACAACAUUCCCAUAGAAAUCCCCCUGUUGGUCCAAAGCCUCAACGAACAGCAAAUGGACAUCUUGCCAGACUGCAAGGCAGAUCACGUACCCGAACGCCACAUUAUAGUUACUCAGAGAUCAAUGGACUGUGAACAAUUUAUGCAGAGACGCGCCCAGGCGUUGUGCUCCGAAGCCAAACUCGACUUCAUGCACUGCGAAGAUUAUGAUGUUAAGAUAAUUUAUGUGUGCCCCUUAAACGGGCUAAUACUAUGUCAGGCUGUGAUCAAAAUCGGGGCCGCGAAGGCCUGUGACUCGAACCCAAACAUCGAAAACUACACCGCUCAUUUCCUGUUCACGUGGAACAUAACUACGGACGCGUUCGACGUCAUCGAGCCCGGUGGCGAUAACAAACUGUUUCCGACGUGGGAACGGCACGAGUUCCCGCCAGUGAAGGUGCCCCGGAUCUGCUGCAACGGCGUGCUGGCAAUGGGUUACGACGUCACGGAGUCGUCGAAAUAUACCCUCAAAGAUCACCGGAAUGAGUACGAGGUGUGCCUCAGAGACGGUCUCCUGUGGGCGGGAGUUCAAGUCGUUCGCAAUCGACCCGGUUUUCCAACCGACGAAUAUUUAUAUGACUCCGGGGAGUGGUGGCAAACGUAAAUGUAUGGUUUACGUCGUUAUAUGUUUCCUAUCGAUCAUUACGUGCCCAUGAAGCUGGUAUCUUGUUCGUGGAUCGGGCGAAUUCCUUCAACCAACUAGUUACUUCGGUUCAGUUGAUUGGUUUGCGCUAAUUCUUGAACGACCCUUAAAACUAUGUAUUUGGUUCGAGGUCCUUCAUUCAUAACUUGAGUGGUUAGUACGAUCAAAAUCAGUCGUGAUAACAGUUCCGGAAUAGUUUGAAUUGAGGAGCUGCGUCCAUUUUUAGUAGGCACUUUGAACUAAAAGCGACAUCUCUUAAACACGGGUGGUCAAUUAACUCUUUCAGGUAAAUACAAAUGCUAGAGGGGCGGUUUAUCUUUAUUUCUUAAAUGUCAAGCUAAAAAAUUAAGUGUACUUCAGAAACAGUGCAAUGCAGAAACAGUUAUAGUUUUAUCUAAUUAUUGCUAAGGUUGCAGUCAAAAUAUGUGGUAAAACUAACAUCACUGACUAAUGAAUGCAUAAAUCAUUAAAAAGAAGCGUUAGAAAAAAAAUACAUUUACAAAUUUCACUUAAGAUAGACGAGUGAAAAAAUUGUGAUUUUUUUUUGCUUCAGACUAGUUGUUUCUCCAAUUUCUCUUUUUUCUCCGUCACAUGGGUUGGUUAGGUUUUUUCAAAUUCUUCUUCGGAAUUUGGUUUCGUUUUGAAUAUCUCUUAGAAUGUCAUUGUCGGUCAAAUUUAUCCAAGCAAUCUUUUAGUUAGUUCUUCUUGUAGUAACUUGUUGAUGCUUUCUGAUUUAUAUUAUCCCAUUUUCCUCUUUUCAGUCCUUAACAUCCUCUGUGCUUAAAAGGGGAUGUGUCUAGAUUAACUACAAUCGGUUUUAGGUGGUUCUGCCUUAGUGUCCGAUAUUUCUGAGGCCACAAUUUUUUUCAGUAAUUUAAAAUAUAGCGAAAAUUUGUUUAUCUUCCAUGCACGAUUUCUGUGUAUCCAACAAAAGAACAGCCUUAGAUGGUAAGUUCUUCAAUUUUACGUUCCUUAAUUUUAGCCAGCAAAACAGCUUUUUACCUGUUAUUGAUUACAAAAGUUGUACUCUUACCUUUAGACUUUUCUUUAAGGACCCAUAAACAGUUUUGUUUACUUCGGAAAAUGCACCGAACUUUAGAGUUUUGCCUUUAUUUCAACUUCUAUCAGAUGCCCAACAUGCUCAACUAUUUUCUUAUGUCGAUUUCUCCCAUCGAUAAUCUAUUUCAUCGGUAAAUUUAAUUCUUUAUAUAAAACGAAUGCAUUUGCAACCGCUGCAUCAACAAAAUAAAAAAAGAUUGACUAAACUUUCGAUCGAUCUUAUAAAACAUUUUUGGUUUUCGCCAAACUUAUCAACGAAGUUGAUAUUUUCAUAUCUAUCGUUUCUGUCUUUCCUGGAACUUCUUGGAUCAUGAAAAUUUGAUAAUACAUGGACGCUUCGCUUGUAUCGUCAUUUUGUUGCUACCAAUUCCAUAUUUGAGGUAAAUCCUUUACAUUAUUCAAAUGCAAAUUUGAAAGGACCCAACUAAAACGUUUUACAGACAAUAAAGAGUUAGUUUAUAAAUGGAUCAUGACAACUGAGAACUGCUUCACAAGUUUAUCGAAAGAAAGGUUUUUAUUUCUUGUCUGUUUUUUAAUUGGGACCGCAAAAGAAAUAGCGAUCAGUAUUGAGUUCCAUUGUUCACUGGAACUGUUUACGAUUGCUUCUGGGUCAGAUGGGGCGUCUAUACCUUCAAUUUCCUCUAUAAGGGCCUCGUAUGACAUUCCUUGUAAUCUAAAUGGUAAGGGUUCCAUUAGCGCCUGUUAUUAUUAUAUUUUUCUUUAUUAUAGUGAGAUGGUACAAAUGUAUUUUAUUUCUAAAUCUAGGUUUUCCCACCUUACAUGUGGGAAAACAAUAUUAAGAAAAACAACAAAAUCGUGCUUUUUCGGAAAAUAUCUAUUUUCAAAUACAUCUUGUUUCUAAUAAAACUUGACGCUUACUAAUUUUUUGUUGAAAAUGCAUGCACCCUUUAUUAGUGGUCGACAAAUUGAGCCGCUUUUAGACCUCACUACAAAUAGAAACUUUUUUUUGUACAGUUGAUGUACCACUGAUCUGACCCUGAAAGAGUUAAGAAUGGUACCCGGCACUAUUUCGAAAACUCAUUAUAAUUGGGGUGCGCCUUCUUGAAUAUUAAAUCCCGUUUUUUGAGAAAUAAUCGCAUAUUACAAAUAACUAAAAUAAACACUGUUUUAAAGCUCCAGAAAUAAAUGGUCAAUAACUUCAGGAUAUCUAAAUGCAUUUUGUCAAACUCAGAGUCGUCGAAGAGGACUCCUACACCAUCAACGCUGCCCCGGGCGAAUUGAAUUCAAUUGCUUUUAUCGCCGCUAGGGUACGUUUUACAUCACUACAAAUAAAAUGAAUUUAUAACAAGAAAAUAAGGGCGCCAUCUUUGGGAAUAGUUUCAAGAUACCUUAUUAAUUUCGAGCAAAAUGUAUAUUAACAUAUAUUAUACAUAUGUAUAAUUCUAAUCAUGAAAAACAAUAACACAGAUAAACAUAUUUUUUUGUGUUUUAAUGUAGUACUGCAUUGUAUAGAUUCUAACAGAAUCAGUUGAGUUUUCAAUCUUAUAGAAAUAAACACGAAACACGAAAAAGCUUUUUUUUGCAAAUAAGGGCACUAAAAUAUACCAUAAAUAGCUUAAUUUUAUUGACACUUAGGCAUCACUGUUUUUCAUAUUUUCUUUUCCUGAGCACACUUCAAUUUUAAAGAGUUUGAAAUUUGUGUUGACAUGUGGGCUAUAUUCAAUCAUGAGUAUUAUUAUUGAUAUCUUUAAUAAAGUUUCUGUAUUUUAACUGUAAAUUUGUUUUCAAAAAGAACGAAAAUUGAGAUUUAAUACUGGCAAGUGUACUGAAGAUAUUACUAAAACAUAAUUUCGAGUUUUUAUUUCUUUUUAUUGAUAUUAUCGGUUGGGAAAAAGAUAUCGAAAUACGGAUUUCACUUGCGUGUUAAAUUCUUAUUUAACUGUCGUUUGUUGCAAUAGAAUAAAAGUGCUUUUUUUAGGGAAAUAAACGCCCUCUAGUGGCGGUACAAGCAAUCUAAAUCGGUUGCUCAGAGCAGGGUUGAUAGCCAUGAAAAAGCUCUUGUCAACAACUUGAAACUUAUUAAAAUAUGUUUUUGGAGUUAUGGCAAUUUUUUUUAAAAUUGGUUGAACGCCCCUCACCUUUUCUUCACAGAGAUAGAGCAAAGAGCAAUAAACAAAAAACAAACGCGAAAACCAUUUAACGAAAAAGAGGCAAAUUUAUCCCAGCAUUACAAACAUUAAUUGGCCACCCGAUACGUGCAGGUAGAAAACAAAAAUGUCUUUCAGUUUAUCGAUUUAAAAAAUAAAUACAAGCAGAGUGGAAAAUGUAUCUUUUCGCAAAUGUUAAUGGAGAACGGUAAAAAAAACUUCCUGAAAUUACUGAUCAAAUGAAGCGGGCCAAGUUGUAAUUGUAGAUCUAUUAAAAAUUGGACACUGUAAGUUGAAAACCUGAAAAAAUGUUUAGUAGAUAUGUACUUAAUAUUAUGACGCCAAAUGUAACUUCAAUAAUUUAAUAUCUGUAUCAGUAUAACACUAACAUAAUGUGAAAACUCACCAGGGAUAUUCCUCUCUGACAUCAUUUGUAAUGAAAUAAAAAUCACAAAUGAAGUCAAAACUUCGUGAACUUUUUCCACCCAUACACUGAAUAAAUUUGGGGACUUUUUCCACCCAUACACUGAAUAAAUUUGGGGACUUUUUCGGCAUUCAGAUACACAACACGCUUUAGUUAACUUAGUUUUAACCGAAAUAGCACAACCAAUAUUUUCUGACAUGUCUAUAACAAAUAGGAAUAUAUAAAAAACAAUGACAAACGCAACGCAACACUUUUGGUCCAUGGUACUUCUAUCUCUGGCUCCUCAAUUCCAAAGCGGUGUUGCCAGCGCCAUCUCUGGUUACCUUAGUAUAUUUAGUUAGUAUACAAUGACUUUAAAUAUCAAAAAGUGAUACCGCAACUUGGAAUCGUUCCGGAACUGUUAAUAUAAUCAUUUUUAUUACAAUCGGGUUCAUCAUUCAUAUAAUUGAUACGAGGAUUCAAGGAAAAACACAGCUGCCCUCCGGCGACGAAAUUAUUUCCAAAUAUCACUUCCUGAGAGCUGUUUUAGCGGUAUUCUUAGCUAAUCUGAUCUUGUUAAUGGUAAGUUACAACAAUGGAUUGUAUAGAGAUAAUGUCCGCCUUGAGCAAAUGUUAGAAAGUAAACUUUAAUUGAAGAAAAAGGAUUUUAAGAAGGGCCAUAAGAAGGAAAUGUCCCUACGAAGAGCUGAUCCAAAAUUUCUGACCACUUGUAUAAUAAUAAUACGAGUUUUCAAUAUAGGUAGUGAACGCAAAUUUCUGAAAUAUUUACCUAAAUUUGUGAAAGUGAAAAUUAAGAAUUCUCGAUUAAAACACAUGCAUCUCUAGAGGAAAUUUUAAAAAUCUUGUUUUGGUUAGUUCGAUUUGUAUCCUUUUUAGCCCACCGCGAUUGUGAGCUUGGUUAAAUUAAUUUUGCUAAGUGAUUCAUGAGUAGCAUUACGUUAGAUGAUCCUUUUUCGUCACCUAUAAUUUAUUAAUAACGGUUUUCCAAAAAUGGAUCCCACUUUUGCCCAUAGAAAUGAAAUGUACUAUGUAAAUUUUGUUAUAAAUCUAUUAACCAUAAACUGUAUCAAUUGAUCGAAAUACUCGAACGAGGUAAUUUAAUUUUAAGCAUUAUCAGUUCCGAUUUAGUUUUAAGUUCUUUUCGCUGGGUACAACUUAACCGAUGGGUUAGGUUUAUUUGAGUAAGUUUUGAACUGUGAUUUUUUAUGUUGUGAAAGACAAACAAUAAACAUAGUAAUUUGUAAGGCACGCGUUUUACUUACAACCGCCGUUUUUAAAAAUUGUAUAAAAUAUUUGACUGGUUGAUUAGUCAAGGUAUAAGCUCAUUGGAACGGAGGAACUUUAAAUAGCUAGAAACUCAUACAGCGAAAAUUAAAAACAAAGUGAUGUC